AUGUCAAUGCAACAACUUCAUAACGUUCUCAAGAUGCAAGGUGUUUUUGGCCAUCAAUAUAAAGCAAAUACAGCUGGAUUAUUCUUUCAGUAUGAUUAUUCUGUGUCGCAACAAGCAUUCAAGAAUAAGUAUCCAUCUGCCAUACAUAACGGAUUGGCUGGACUGAAGGGUUGGGAAUGGUUCAUCGAUGGAAAAGGUAUGAUCAACAUGGAUAUCUUUCCUCUCAACUACCACUUACUUCAGUCUACAGGUUUACCCAACAUCCGAAUCAACUUUUACGAUCAGAACUUGCACGUUCCAGUAGGCCCCGUACUACUUCCUGCGACAAGAAUUGAACAAUGCCAAAGAGUACCCGCGCCAGGCAUAAUGGGGUUUGUGUAUGUCAUAUCGCAUACAGAUUUGGCUGCACUAGAACGUGAGGAAGCUUUGAAAGGCAGACUGCUGGUCUAUCAUCCAAUCUCACUUCAAUCCAGGUCAAUCAAUGGCACGAUUGCCACGAACGUUCAUCUGGCAAGUCUAUUCUUGGACUUCAACAGUACUCGAGAUGGAACCAUCGAUUUCAAUGAUCCGGCUGUGAGUAUGCUCUGGAGAACUGGCAUCAAACGUAUGCAACAGACAGGAAUACAGCCAUGGUGGGUCAAACGUGUCGAGGCGAAGCUGAAGGGAAAAGAUCUGAGUUUCGAGCCGUUCCUCACUGUUCCAAAUCCAGACGCUGUUGAUCCGCGACCUUCCCAAAAGCAGACAGCGACUUCUUCUUCUGCGAGACUUGAGCAGCAGCAGAAGCAGGAACAACAACAGCAACAAGGGGCCAAGCGACCACACACCAAGCUUUCUCAGCAACAAAGACAUGCUAUGGUGUAUCAGAUCUUGACUCAUGCAAAUAUGCCCAAGGAGCAACAAUUGAAGCUCACCGAAAAACAGAGGGCUUUCGUGCUAGACAAUUAUCUACGCAAGCGUCAGGCUAUAGUGCAGGGACAACAAGGGCAGGAUUCUGGACAACUGGAUGUUGAAAUCAAGGAUCAGCAAUUGAAGCAACGACAAGAGCAGGGUUCUAGACUGAAUGCUGGAAUUUCGGAGGAACAACAGAAACAUGCAAUUGAACAGGGACGACAAGAGCAUGGCUUUAGACAACAUGCUGGAUUCCUGGAAGAACAAAUGAGACAUGCAACUGUGCAGGAACGACAAGAGGCCAUCCUCAACGACAUCAUCCGCAAGCAACAAAUCGCAGCGCGCAAGUCACAAGAACAAAGCUCUCGACGAAAUUCCAGCAUGCCUCCUCCACAACAACCUACACGCAGACCCUCACUGAGCGGACAGAAUCAAGGACAGAACCAAGGACAGAAUCAAAAUCUAGUUCUAAAUCAAAAUCAAAGUCAAAAUCCAAACGGAAGUGCAAGAUCUCCAUCAGCACAAAUCAACUAUCCUCAAAACCCCAACAAUCUCAAGCGUCAAGCCUCGCACUCAAUUUCGAGCACAAAUGGUGCACCAGAUGCUAAGAGGCAAAAUUUGGGUAGUACACCAGGAGCGGGUCCCAGACAAAAUCUAGCUGAUGAUGCUAAUCUCAAGCGUUCUGCUUCUAAUGCACAUCCUAGCGCAAGUUUGGGCUCUGCACCGAAAAUCGAACGUAAACAUGUGGGGAGGGGUCGUCCGAGGAAACAUCCAUAUCCUGAUUUACCUGCUGCUGGAUCUGCUGCUGGUGGUAUUCAAAAUCAUCGUCAGAACCAGAAUCAGAACAUGAACCCGAAUCCAACUAUGGGAAAUAGCAAUAGUAACUCUAUUGCAAAGGGACCAGGAGGUGCAGGUACUGGAAUGAAUGUACAGCAUGGAAACACAAACGGAUAUCCAAACAUGCAGAACGGUGCAAUGGGGAAUAGGGGAAUAAGGGGUUAUGUCAAUGGCAAGGCUGCUGUUACUGAUAAUGCGAGUGGUACUGGUAACUUGAGCGGUAAUGGUGAUUUGACUGGGAAUGUGGUGGAUAGGACGCAAUAUCUUCCGCAUGUUGACGCGGCGGCUAGGAUGGUGAGCUAUUUUCAGCCAAAGAUGGGGGUUGAUAGGGCGGGGGAUGGAAAGUUGCAGUAG